ACGGCAUUGGUGCGCAGUACGCAACCCUUACCGCCUAUAAAUUGAGAAACCUCGACUUUGCCUUUUCAGACUCGGGUUCUUAUUUCUCUCUAAUCUCUUCACUUGCUCACUGUCUCACGUUCUUUGGGACUCUUUGGUUUCCUCUCGGACUCGCAUUGACCGGCAUGACGGACGGUCAUCUCUUCAACAACAUCUCCCUUGGCGGUCGAGGCGGCACGAAUCCUGGACAGCUUAAAAUUUAUUCAGGAGGUAUUCUAUGGAAGAAACAAGGAGGCGGUAAAGCAGUAGAAGUUGACAAAUCCGAUAUCUUAGGGGUUACAUGGAUGAAGGUCCCUAGGACAAAUCAACUUGGUGUUAGAAUCAAAGAUGGGUUGUACUACAAGUUCGCUGGAUUCCGUGACCAGGAUGUUGCCAGUUUGACCAAUUUUUUUCAGAAUAAUUGUGGAAUAACACCAGAAGAGAAACAGCUUUCUGUCAGUGGUCAUAACUGGGGAGAAGUCGAUUUAAAUGGGAAUAUGCUUACCUUUGUGACUGGUUCAAAGCAAGCUUUUGAAGUGUCAUUAGCUGAUGUAUCACAAACUCAGCUUCAAGGGAAAAACGAUGUCAUCUUGGAGUUCCAUGUGGAUGAUACAACUGGAGCUAAUGAGAAAGAUUCGCUUAUGGAGAUAAGUUUCCACAUACCCAACGCCAACACCCAAUUUGUUGGUGAUGAAAAUCAUCCUCCUGCUCAGGUUUUCCGUGAAAAAAUCAUGUCAGUGGCUGAUGUUGGUACUGGAGUUGAGGAAGCUGUUGUCACUUUUGAGGGCAUUGCAAUCCUCACACCAAGGGGUCGGUAUAGUGUUGAACUUCAUCUGUCAUUCUUGCGACUCCAAGGACAGGCUAAUGAUUUCAAAAUUCAAUAUAGCAGUGUUGUGCGUCUUUUUUUGCUUCCGAAGUUCAACCAGCCUCAUACUUUUGUUGUUGUUACACUGGAUCCGCCUAUCCGUAAAGGGCAAACUUUGUACCCACAUAUUGUCUUGCAGUUUGAAACUGAUUAUGUUGUUGAAAGCACCUUGUCCAUAAAUGAGGAUCUUUUGAAUACCAAGUACAAAGACAGGCUGGAACCAUCUUACAAGGGACUUAUUCAUGAAGUCUUUACCACAAUAAUGCGUGGUUUAUCUGGUGCCAAAGUUACCAAACCAGGAAAAUUCCGUAGCUGUCAAGAUGGUUAUGCUGUUAAGUCUUCAUUGAAAGCUGAAGAUGGAGUCCUCUAUCCACUUGAAAAGAGUUUCUUUUUUCUACCCAAACCUCCUACACUUAUUCUUCAUGAAGAGAUUGACUAUGUUGAAUUUGAGAGGCAUGCUGCUGGUGGCUCAAAUAUGCAUUACUUUGAUCUUCUUAUAAGAUUGAAAACUGAGCAGGAACAUUUAUUUCGGAAUAUUCAGAGAAAUGAAUAUCACAAUUUGUUUGACUUCAUCAGUUCGAAGGGUUUGAAGAUUAUGAACCUUGGAGAUGUACGAACCGCAGAUGGUGUGGCUGAGAUUCUUCAAAACGAUGAUGAUGAUGCAGUUGAUCCACAUCUUGAACGCAUUAAGAAUGAAGCUGGUGUGGAUGAAAGUGAUGAGGAGGAUGAGGACUUUGUUAUUGACAAGGACGACGGAGGUUCUCCAACUGAUGAUUCUGGGGAGGAAGAAUCUGAUGCUAGUGAAAGUGGAAAUGAGAAAGAGAAACCUGCGAAAAAGGAUCAAAGGAAGGAAGCUGCUGUUGCUGCAGCUGCCUCUUCUUCUAAAGAAAGUAAGAAGAAAGGUAGAGAUGGACAAGAUGAUGGAAAGAAGAAGAAAAGGAAAAAGAAGGAUCCUAAUGCACCAAAGAGGGCAAUGACCGGCUUCUUCUAUUUUUCACAGGCGGAAAGGGAGAAUGUGAAGAAAAGUCACCCGGGAAUACCAUUUACAGAGGUGUCCAAAAUACUUGGAGAUAGGUGGAGAAAGUUGCCAAAGGAGGAGAAGGAACCAUAUGAAGUAAAGGCUAGAGUUGAUAAAAAGCGAUACGAUGAUGAGAAGAAUGAGAUGAAAGGCAAUAAUAACAAUCCUCAACCUAUGAACAUUGAUUCUGGAAAUGAAUCCGACUGACUGACUGACUUGACUUCAAACAUGCUACUUACUACGAUUGCCCAUCUCACUCGAAAAUUUAGUGUUGGUUGCGACUUAUAUUUGAAAAAUAAGUAAAUUUAGUUUCAUGAAAAGAUUAACAGUGUAAUUAUGGUGGAUCUGCAUUUUAAUAUUUGAAUUUGAUUUUAAUAUCUUUUGACGAAAUGAAACAAGUUCCAUUUGGCA